AUGAAUAUAUAAUGUUUCAAUGAAUUAGUAGUGUCUAGGCAAGAGCAUAAGAAUUUGUAAUUAAAUUUAUAUAGAAUUUAUGCAAAAUAUAAUAAAAUAUUAUACACAUCUAUAUAAUUCUGUAUAUAUACUAAAGACAGCAUUAGGGAUGAAGGUUUUUAUUUUGGUACUUUCAAACGCAAUGAACUAUUUAAUUGAAGAUUAUGAUAAUAGCAUUACCUUAGUAAGCCAUAUUCAGAGAGGAAGCCACAUUCCAAAUUCCCCAAUCGGAAAACUUUUUGCAGGUCUUGCUAGAUGAGAUUCUUUAUUUUUCCUUCAAAUUUCCCAUGAAGGCUAUCUUUAUGAAAAAAAUCAUGCUUUUUUCCCUUUAUAUCCUUUGUUAAUUCGAUAUCUGGCCAAAAUCCUAUCACCUAUACUAUUUUGACUCUCUGUAGAUGAUCUUCAUUUAAUUUCAGGAAUUUUAAUAUCUUGGGCAAACUUUAUUUUUGCUACAUAUUUUCUUAUAAAACUUGGAAAAAAGAUUAUGGGUGAUAAAAAAUAUUCUCAAUGAUGUGGACUAUUAUUUAUAAUAAAUCCUGCAACAAUUUUUAUGACUGCAAUGUAAAAAGCUAUUUAGAUGUACGACGUCGCUGUUUUCUUUUUUAUCUAUGGCUGGGAUUUAUUUUUUAUAUAGAAACGUUAAUUGAAGUCAUGAUAAAGCGGCAUUUAUUAUGCCAAGCUUUAUAGAUAAAGCAAUUUCGUGUGGAUUUUUUACAUUAGCAACAGCUGCUAGAUCUAAUGGAUCAUUUUUGUUUGUUUUUCUAUUGUGUUUCGCAGCAAACUCUCUAUUCUCGAAUUAUAUGAAAAAAACAUUGAAUUUUAAAAUAAUUUUCAAAGAAAUUUUUACCUUACACUAUUUUAUAAAUCACCAUUUUUCUAAAUUAUAUAUUUAUUAAUAAAUUUUAAUAUUUAAAUAAAAGAGUUAGGAUUAUUUGGAAUAAUUCAAAUUUCUCCUAUUAUUAUUUUCACUUUUUAUGGAGCAAGUAUAUAUUGUACUGGACAGAUACAAAGUCCAUAUUGUUCAAAAUUAUUCCCAAAUAUCUAUAGCUAUGUUCAAGAAACAUAUUGAAACGUCGGAUCAUUCAGAUAUUGGGAAGCAAAACAAAUCCCUAAUUUCUUAUUAGCAUCUCCUAUGCUUUAUAUUUCAAUCUGUGCUUGCUUUUUCUACAUAAAGCAUGAUUACAAAAGAUUUUUCUCAUUUUCUUCAACAAAAUCCUCAAAAGAUUCACAUGAAUUUCUCAAUAAUCCUUUAUUAGUGCCAUUUAUAUGAUAUUGACUAUUAAACAUUUUUAUCAUAACUUUUAUAGCAAAUAUUCAAAUAGCAACUAGAAUUUUAGCAUCAAAUCCUGCAGUUUACUGAUAUAUAGGACAGGACACAAUGGGAAAGCACAAAUGAGUUAUCUAUUUUUUCAUUAUUUAUAUGCUAGUUGGGACUUCUUUUUAUUCUAAUUUUUAUCCAUGGACUUAA